CGGUUAAUAUGUAAGACAGGUCCCACAAAAUGUAUCUUGCAUUUAUUUUCUGAAGUUAUUCUCAAUAUUUUGAUUGGGACUGCUCAUGGAAUAACUUUGAUAGCUAGAUAUGCCAUGUGCCGUUUUAAAAGAAACCAUGGUUCGACCGAUUUUUACAGUUUCCGAAGCCAGCCUGAAAACGGCAACAUUUCGUGUUACGUGAAAAGCGACGCUCGAGAUAGUACCGAUAUGCUUCAACAAAUCAGCGUUUUUAGCGAUCAGUUAAAGAAAACCCUGCAUUGAUCUUGGCUAAAAUCGAUACAACAGAAACUUCCCGAGGUCAUAUUAAUUGACAAAGGAAAGUAGAAAGUUACGUAACGAGGUAUACAUGUCCUUACUCAGUCUCUAACAAUUUUAUUACACGACAGAGAGUAAUAGAGAAUUAACGACAUAGACCAUGUAGUGUCUAUGUAUCAUUAUCGAGCGGCCUGGUUAAAAGACAAACGUCUGACAAGCGCAUCGUGUUUAUCCAAUGUUACUUUUUGGCCUCCAUUUCCUAAACGUAUGGUGUAGCGCGGAACGAAACACGCAAUUCAGCCUCGUGGGUAAAAGGAGCUUGGGGUAUUGGUAUGUCAGUUUCCGACCAAAUUUUCUCUUAAACGGAUGUAUUGAAAUUGACUUCCUAGCCAUGUCAGCUGCUAGUGAGACCAUUGGCUCUGCGACAACGUCUUCUCUGUUUGCGUCAAACACUGUUGUUCCAGCUGAUGUGCGUAGAAAUGCUUGGAUUGCUGUCGAUAUCACACCACCGAACGGUGUAGUCGACCGUUUUCAGACUACAGUGAAUAAAUUCUCUUCACAGUUCUCUCGACCGCGUUCACUAUCGCAAUCGGCUCAAAAAGAAAAAUUUUCCCUUCUUCUUCAACUUUGGAAGAGAUUCGCUCGAACAACAACGGGGCACGGCUUCGCUAGAAUGGUGGACAGUGACGAACCCAAAUCUAUAAGAAUAUUUUGGGUGGUAGUAAUAGUACUACUCAUAUCGGGACUUUUCAUUUCAAUCGUCAUAAUCAGCUACGAGGUACUAGUAGUGCGUGGACUAAGAAGAGAAUUCAUCGUUCAGCAUAACAUAACGAUGUUCCUGCCCGACAUCCAUAUUUGUGACACGUCGCUAUUCAACCCUAAAGCUCUUCAAGAGAUGGGUAUCAACAACACGAUGGCUUCAUAUUUGGCUUUGGCUCUUUCACAUUUGCUAGCAUCGCGAGCCAUAAUGGAGGACAUGGAAAAGCAAACACGCCUCAACAACGAAUUCCGGCGUCUGACUCAAAAUCUAACGACUAAAGAAAUCUUUGACCGAACGACGCUAGGGUGCGAAGAUAUAAUUCUAGGGUGCACGCACGACCGCAUUCUCUAUUCCGGCAAAGAUUGCUGCACCAAGUUCUUUGGCAAUCGCCGCUUCGUCACCAAUCUGGCUACGAUAUGUGUCUCAACUCAUUUUCAACCACUUCUCGAAGAAAUUUUCGAUACUCAAAUUUAUGGUUUUACGGUCUACUUAAAAACCAACGUUGUGGGUCGAUUCGAAUUUGAUUCGACUAUAAUAUCGAGCAAUGUGGCAUCAAGACGUGGAAUUAUUUACGCUGUAUCGGAUUCCAUCACAGCCGUUAACCCCACAAUAUCUACCUUUGGCCGCUAUAUCGAUCCCGGGACAUGGACAUCAGUCUCAAUCUCUCUCACCAGGACCGACAACACGGAACUACAAAAGGGACUUUUGUCGACUCACUCUUGCGUGUCUCCAGAUUCUCCCGACCACUUAUAUCUCGUCCCCAAUCAUAAUGUCUACAGCCAGCGCAACUGCGUCUUCUCCGCUACCCGCACAAUACUUGAAGCGAAGUUGAAUUGCUCUCUCUUCCGUUUUAAUAGAAUGGGUUGGCUUAAUGAGCAGCUAAUUGUCGAAAAAAAAAAUUCUCUCGACUCUUUGAAGUUGGCUUACAAUGUUACUUUUGAAUUAGGUCCUUUGGAGACGUGCUAUCCAAAUGUGAUGAUUGACGUACAUUCACCCGAGCUAGCUAACGAAAUCAAACAAAAAAUUCAAGAAUGUCCGGAGGAUUGCAUUUCGGACAACUAUCACGUUUCAUCUUCGACAACACAUUUGGAUCUAGGAGAUCAUGAUGACAUGCACUCAAACGAGAAACACAAUGACCAUAUUCUUCACUCAGCUUUACAAUUCUAUUAUUCAUCUUUUAGCUUCACAGUUAUCAAAAAUCAUCCCGAAAGCCUCGUCAAGUGGCUAAGUGACGUGGGGGGGAACAUGAGCCUCUAUCUAGGGGCCAGCUUAGUGACACUUUUGGAGAUGAUCGUCUUAUUAUUUCGCUGCACUCGUAAGUGUAUUCGUCGAAAAAUGGGCAAACAAAAUUUAUUUACCCAGUCAUUUGAUUCUACACGAAGCUAAUUUAAGUUGCCAAAAUAUUUUAGUCCCUCACAAAAAAAUCCUUAAUCAAGACAUAAAUAGAAUACAAGUAUAAACAACGUA